AUGAAGCGUUUGCGCAGACAGCGAACGCGAACACAAAAGAAAAUGCACGAUGUUGCUGCCCCUGGCUGCAAACUUACACUUUUGCACGUUGCACGCGUUCGACUUGGGUUUCCCCAGUUGCUAGCACUUGUGGGAUGGCAAUUAAGUGCCAGGGCUGCACAGUCGAACAACAGCGUUUUGGCAUUCUUUUGCCCGCUAAAUCGCCAGGGGUGCAAAGGUGGACGCGUUCAGCUAGCAAUAACAAAGACAAAAGCCCAAUUGCAGUCGAAAUUCUUGUACUUUGCUUACCAAUAUGAAUUGUGA